AUGGCAGUUUGCUGGAGCUGGUUUGCACUGUUUUGUCUCUUCAACCAAGGAAAUCUAGUUUGGGGCUUAUGCACAGAGCAAGGAGUAGAGAUUGAAGGAGGAAGAUACACUUUGUCUAACCAGCUGGAAGAGGGCAGCUUACUCAGAUACCACUGUGACGAAGGUUUCUAUCCAUAUCCUCACUUGGUGCGCACCUGCAACUACAAUGGCCAAUGGGAACCUCCACCUACAAGAUCAAGAUCCAGGUCAAGAUGUAGAUUGGUUGAAUGCCCAGACCCUAGUGUACUGGAAAAUGGCAAUGUAUGGCCCAGUGAUGAACAUUACUUCUAUCAAAACAACACCAGAUACGAGUGCUAUGGCGGGUAUACUCUGUAUGGGUCUUCACACCGUACCUGUUUAUCCAAUGGGAAAUGGAGCGGUCCACAUCCUGUGUGCCGUCGUGAUUCUGGAGACCAUUGCCCAGACCCUGGAAUCCCUCCAGGUGGAACUAAGACGGGAAUUCUGUUUAACAUUGGAGAUAAAGUGACUUACUCCUGCAACGACAAUACAAUGAUCUUGGUUGACUCUGAGGAAAGAGUGUGCCAAGAAGAUGGUACUUGGAGUGGCAAAGAGCCCACAUGCUACUACCCAUACACCUUUGACACACCCCUCGAGGUUUCACAUGCAUUUGGUGCUGAAAUCAAAAACACUUUUUCGAAUUUGCAGACAGAAAGCACCGUCAUACAGGAAGGGAGAUCAAUUACUUUGACCGAAAGUGGCAUACUUAACAUAUACAUUGCAUUGGACAUCUCUUCAAGCAUCGAUCAAAAACAGUUUGAAAAUGCCAGACUGGCUGUUCUAACACUCAUUGAUAAGAUUGCAUCCUUUUCUGUGACUCCUAACUACGACGUCAUCUUUUUCUCUUCAAAAAUCAUUGAAGUCGUAAACAUCUUGUCCUUUUUUGACAAAGAUCAGUCUAAAAAGUCUUUGGCGGAUAGACUGAAUUUGUUGAAAACAAUUGAAAUUAAAAGAGGGGACAAGGCUGGAACCAAUCUCAAUGCAGUCUUCAAGAAAUUUGAGGAGAAAAUGACCAUUAUUAAACAACGACAGGAAGACUUUGAAAAACAUCAGCAUGUCAUCGUUGUUUUUACAGACGGCGGUUACAACAUGGGAGGAAAACCUACUCAAACAGUUGAACGUAUUAAGUCUUUGAUUUUAAUGGAUAAACCCAAGGAAAGAGAAGAACAUCUUGAUAUUUAUAUUUUUGGCAUUGGAGCUCAGAUUUACGAUGCCAAUCUAAGAAGUCUCACAGUUGGGCCACCAGGACAAAGACACUACUUCAGAUUAAGGGAUACCAAUGAGUUACAUCAAACCUUUGAGGAAAUCAUUAAUGAAGAAGGUGUAAAAGGCUUGUGUGGUCUCCAUAGAAACUAUGGUGAUAUGUAUAAUGCUGAAAAAAAAAGGAAGAAGUAUCCCUGGAUCAUGUUUGUUUCUGUUAUGACUGAUCAACACACAUCAAAUUGCCUCGGCUCCUUGGUUUCCCCUCGUUUUGUAUUGACAGCUGCCCAUUGCUUCACAGUUAAUAAUUUAAUUGAAAACAUCAAGGUGUCAGUGAAUGGAGGGUAUAUGCUAGGUGUUCAUAAGAUCCACACACAUCCACAAUAUAAUAUAAAUGCUAAAGUGGACCAGGGAGUAGAGGAGUUUUACGACUAUGACGUGGCUCUCAUCGAACUUAUCGAUGAUGUGGAGAUUUCUACGUCGUUGAGACCCAUUUGCCUUCCAUGCACUGAACAAACAAAUGCUGCAUUAAGGCAAACUUUAACCUGUGAGCAGCAAGAACAGUUACUGAUAAGAAACAAGGACAGAAUCACUUUUUUGACAAAGACAAAUCUUGGUGAAAAAGAUGCCCACAUAAAGAUGGGUGAAAAUAGAUUGGACUGCAUUAAGAAAGCAGUUUUAGAACCAAGAGUCUCAGUCACAGAGGAAAACGUGACAGAAGUUGUGACCGACAACUUCCUGUGCACCGGGGGAGACUUUCCAGAAAUUGACAAAAUAGCCUGCAAAGGUGACUCGGGAGGAGCUGUGUUUAAAAAUUACCUUAAUCGAACAAUUCAAAUUGCCUUGAUCAGUUGGGGAAAUAAACUGAUGGAUCAAUGUCUACGAGAUCAAAUGGCAGUGUCAGAUGAAGACUCAAGAGAUUUUCAUUUUAAUCUGUUCAAAGUUGUGCCAUUUCUUAAAGACAUUCUUGGCAAAGACACCCCAAGAUAUGCACCACUUGUAUUUGUGGACUAG